AAUGACAGAACGAAACGCGCAUUCUCUCGCAUCCCUCGCAUCGCAUCGCGCCGGUUUCAGCGAUAUAAAUUUUGUGAAAAUUCUCGUUGAUUUUGUAUCAUUUUUUGUGAUUAUCCCGUUCCUAGUUGUGUAAAAGUUAACGCCACCCACGAUCGAAAUGGUUCCCGAAACCACCAAAGUCAACAGCACCUUCAUUUCGGAGAAGGUGUCCCGCAUCCGUUGGAUCCCGGAGCAGUACGACGAAUCCAGCUCGUUCAUCACCGGCAGCUGGGAUCUGGCCGUGAACAACCUGAAGGUGUGGAAACUGGUGCGGAAUGAUUACGCGGACGACGAGAACGAAUUCGUGCCCAAGUGUACGGCCGAGGUGUGCUUCACCGGUGACAUCAGCGGGCUGGAGUUUGUCGACGAGCGCUCGGUGGUUCUGUCCAGCACCGAAGGAUUCGUCAGUUUGAUCGGCUUGGACAGGGAAAAGGACGAGGACAACCUGCAGGAGCGGCAUCGGUUCGACGGUUUGCACAAAUUCGACACGUUCAGCAGCUUGAAUGCGGCACCUUGCACGGGACUGUCGGUUCAUGACACGGAUGUGGCCACGGUCGGGGAGGAUGGUCGAUUGAAUGUGGUGUCCACCGUGGGGCUGAAAGUGCUGAGGAGUAUCGCCAGCGCGGACAGUUGCACCAUCAGCUGUGUGGCGUUUCUGAACCCGAAGGAAGUGCUGACCGGAAACCGGCUGGGCAUCAUCAAGUGCUUCGAUAUUCGGGCUGAGGGACAGAAAGCGGUUGGCAGCUUUGCGGUUUCCUGCGAGGACGAAAAGCGUUCCAACUGCGUGACCUGUAUUGCCUAUCAUCCCACGCAAAGGCAUAUUAUCCUAGCCGGCAGCGAGGAAGGCUCCAUAACCGUGUGGGACCUUCGUCAGCCUCAGUUCCCAGCGUCGUACCUGAAAGCCCACGAUCACGCCAUCAGCGAACUGGCGUUCCACCGAACGCAACCCUCGCGUCUCUUUUCCGCCUCCGAAGGUGGGGAACUGUGGCAGUGGAAUCAGAACACCCUUCCUACGGGUGCUUCGGCGACCGGUGGACUGCUGGGUGGUACGGCGACGCAUGGUGGUGAGUCGACCGACACCAACAAUCCGUGGUUGAAUGGGGAAAGAGCCAAGAGUAAGAUUAGCGUGACUUCUCUGCUGAGUGGCAUCCGGAAGGCGGUCAAUUCGUUCGAUUCCUGUCGAUCAAAGGUGAUUUGUGGGGGAGAUAAUGAAGCGAUUUAUUUGUUGGAAAAUGUAAACUAAUUAGGGGUGGGUAAAAUCGGUUGCCAAACAGUGUUUGGGAAUAUAUUCUAUUCUGAAUGAUUAUUAAGCUUCCUAAAAUGA